GGACGUGACGCGUCGGGGAGAGACCGGGCGCAGUGCUGACAGCAACAUUAGCGAGAGUUUGGUACCGGUCCAGCCCGUCAGCAUGUUUCACGGAAUCCCGGCCAGCGGAGGGAUGGGAGCAGCCCCUGCCAAUAAGCCAGAACUGUAUGAAGAAGUGAAACUGUACAAGAACGCCAGAGAGAGAGAGAAGUAUGACAACAUGGCAGAGCUGUUUGCGGUGGUGAAGACUCUGCAAGCCCUGGAGAAGGCCUACAUAAAGGACUGUGUGACUCCCAAUGAGUAUACAGGAUCGUGCUCCAGGCUGCUGGUUCAGUACAAGGCUGCUUUCAAACAGGUGCAGGGCUCUGAUGUCGGCUCCAUUGAUGACUUCUGCAGAAAAUACAGGCUUGACUGCCCUCUUGCCAUGGAGAGGAUUAAAGAGGACCGGCCAAUCACCAUCAAGGAUGACAAAGGCAACCUGAACCGCUGCAUCGCUGACAUCGUCUCCCUCUUCAUCACUGUGAUGGACAAACUGCGUCUGGAGAUUCGGGCCAUGGAUGAGAUCCAGCCGGACCUGCGGGAGCUGAUGGAGACCAUGAACAGGAUGAGCAACAUGCCCCCAGAUUUUGAGGCCAAGGAUAAAGUCAGCCUGUGGCUGACCACUCUGAGCAGCAUGUCUGCCUCUGAUGAGCUGGAUGACUCCCAGGUCCGGCAGAUGCUGUUUGAUCUUGAAUCGGCUUACAAUGCCUUCAACCGCUUCCUGCACUCGUCCUAAAGCCCUGGGAGUGCCCCCUCUUUCUGUCUGUAUCCCCUCUCUCUCUGUGCACCACCCCUCCCCCUCAGAACGUGCUGUGAGUGGACCUCCUUGACUGCGCCCACAGUCCGGAGUGCCGCUCAGACAGCAUUCUCACACCUGCUUCCUUUCCAGUCUGUCCGAGCUGAAGGACCCAUCUGGCCAUCAAAGACAUGAAUGGACAGAAAUAUGGGCCCUUGCUUUUUACUUUUUUCAACUGGUUGUAAUUUCUGACUGAUCUGAGAUUCAGCAUGGAGGAAAACAAUAUCUUCAUAAUGUAUCUCAGGAUCUGUGCUGUCCCCAACCUGUUAGAUUCAAGACCUUUCAGCCAAUGGGCAGGCUCCAUUCAAGCACCCACGGAGUGUCAGAGCUGAGUCCAAGGGCUGUGAGAGAGACUGUGGGUGUCAUUGUGAUGUCAUUGAUGAUGCUCAGUUGCAGUGCUCAUGCCUCUGCAGUGAAGCAUGGUUGUUUCAGAUGGAUUCUUGAAAACUGUCUCCUGUAGCAGACAUUAAUCUGGAGUUUAUAUGGGUUGAUCAUAGUUUUUUCUUUCAUUAAAAAUGUAAAUGAUCCUCUUAAACAGUGAGGGAAAGUUAAUAUUUUAUGAAUUUCUAAGGUACUCAUUUUCAAAACAUGGGUGAAAUGGAUUUUUUUUGUAAAUCUGUACACUUAGUCAACAUAGCAUACUAAUGAUGUGGAGGUUUGAUUGUGGUCAAAUACCAUUAAUCCUAAAACUUAAUUGUACACACAGGUAUUUUCCAUUGUUGAUUUCUUAUAAAAAGCAUUUUUAUGAUUAAGACUAGCUUGCAGCUUGGCAGAGUUCCUUUGCUGGGUGUGUAGGUGCAGUGGCGUUCCCACAGGGGUGCUCCUCUUUGACCUGCCCACAGUCACAGGCCAGGCCCAUGCUGCUCAUGAUGCAUGUCAGGGAGUGCAUUAUUCCCUGGGUGGGUCCUGGUUAACUCAGCCCCACGAUAAAGUUCCAGUGAAAGCAGGCCGUAGUGUGAUGAACACAUGACAGCCCUUGACUUCUCUGUCAGCACCGUCAUGUCCUGAAAAACACCAUGCAGGAGACGAGAGGAAGUCACUUUUAUUGAGCUCUUCAGAGUAGAGUGAUAAUCCCUGCGUUGAGGUGAAGGUUGUUGCAGCCAUCUUGCGGUAUCUGCACUUAAGUGCAUGUCACUACAGCCACAGAAAUGAAGGAAUCAGGCUGUCGAAUAAAACGUAUUUUGUUGAUUUUUCAUUGGAUUUUCAUUAUAUCUUGUUCUUUAUUCACAGAAUCUCAAUAUUAUUCAGAAUUCUGAAGGGUGAUAAUGUACCUAACAGGGAGAUUAAGGGCAGUUUCCUGAAGGCUUGUGAAGAGCUCCCUCUAGGGCUAUUACCAAGUCUAUUUAUUUUACUUUAGAUUCUUUGUAAAUAAAUCUUGUUUAGAAAAUGCAUGUAACCUCUUUUUAGAAAUAAAACGCUACCU